GAGUAGAACCGCGAUUAGAAUCAAAACGAUAGAGGUAGUUUACCCUGAGAAAUAAAGAAACAAACCCGUCUGAGUAGGAGAGCGCUUCGAGAUUUAAGGUCAUUGAAUGGAGCUCGAAUUCAUCAUGGACGGCGGUGCAGACGCUUUGAAUGGGACGAUAUGGUUUCCCAAUACACCGUCACCACCGUACGAACAGCUGUCCCCGGUUCGUCAGAACAGACGUGACCCCAUUGCCACUCAGCACGAUAAGUACAACUCACCGAAGGACUCCCCGGAGGACGGUGUCCAGAUACGUUCGAGCAACGAGUCACCGCAACAUCUCAGCCCGUCUUCCGACAAUACCCCCAAUUGCCAGCAGAGCAGCCUGAAACGUCGGGCCACCGAGCCGUUGCCGCAGAUUACCGAACUCGAGAAGAAACACGCUAGGAGAGAUGCGCACAAUAGGUUAGAGUUCACUGGGCGAUCUGCUGCUAAAGCUGAGUUGGGUAGGAAAUUGGUUGGGAAAUAUGAUAAUGGAUCUGUCGGGAACAAUGGUAGUGGACAAGGAUGGUCAACUCAAGUGGAGGAGCUGGCAGAACAUCUCGCCGCCGAUUUCGAUGGAUCCCUGUCAGCACUCGCAGCAUCCGACCUCGCAACAGCCGUCGCCUCCUAUAACAUGAGCGAAGCCCUGCUCUCCCUUCCAUCGUUGACAGUGUUCAAGCAAGAAGCACCGUCGCCGGAAAACCAACAAAAUUCCAAUUUAAACCACGUGUCACAGAGAACAAUUAAUUCGGCACCACCGAACGGCACUGUCGAGGCUGACAGUAACAAUAAUGGGCAGACAGCAGCUAGUCUUCAUCAGUUGCUUUACUCCUCGAACGAGGAGUAUCCUCCGACGUCGUCCUCGGGAAAUCACGUCUCGUCCUCUCAGCAGGGAAACGACCUCAACGAGGACUGCCGUUUCCAAUACGUGCUUGCGGCUGCCACGAGCAUUGCAACGAAAGUCAACGAAGAGACGCUCACCUAUCUGAAUCAGGGACAAUCGUACGAGAUCAAAUUGAAGAAACUGGGCGAUCUGUCGGCUUAUCGCGGGAAAAUUCUGAAGGAGCAUGCAACGUUUUUGUUUCAGUCGACAAUACGCAUUUGCUUCCAUGAAAGGAGACUUCAGUACACCGAGCGGGAACAGAUGCUCGCAUGGCAACGCGCAAGACCCGGUGAACGAUUGCUGGAGGUCGACGUUCCCCUUAGUUAUGGGAUGGUGGACGUUUGUCAACCAUCUCCGUCCAAUAAUAGCGUGGAAUUCAUGUGGGACCCCACCAAGGAAGUCGGCGUUUAUAUAAAGGUGAACUGUAUUAGCACUGAAUUCACGCCGAAAAAACACGGUGGGGAGAAAGGCGUACCGUUUCGGAUCCAAGUGGAAACGCGACUGCCGGGAGGCCCUCGUUUACAUGCUGCUUCUUGCCAGGUAAAAGUCUUCAAGUUGAAAGGAGCCGAUCGCAAGCACAAACAAGAUCGGGACAAGAUUCUGCGACGACCGGCACACGAGCAGGACAAGUAUCAACCAAGCUACGACUGCACGGUUCUUUCCGACAUUCCCCUAGAUUCUUUAUCGCCAUCCAAUUUGAUCACGCAAAAUGGAGGGAGUCCUUACGCUUCUACAGAGGCAAUAUCACCUCAAACUCGCUCUACUAUAAGUGGCAGUACUUCUCCGGUAGUAGCACCCUUGGCGCUUUCGGUUUCCAAUCCGAGUAUCGUACCACUGGUUCCUGCCUCCGACGCUGCGAAAGAAAAUGUGGGAACAGCACCGGCUCUACCAUCGCCCGCGGCAAUCUUGCCGGAUCAGUCCUGCAUCGAAGCCGAAGUACCGUCGUGUUUGGCUCAAUUAUCACCAGACGCAAACGCGGCACAGACAACCACAUGGCUCCGUGCUGGCCGUUUCAGCGCGUUCGAGUCCACGUUCGCAAGCUUCUCCGCUUCGGAUAUUUUGCGACUCUCUAGAGAUGACUUGAUCCAAAUCUGCGGUCUGGCCGAUGGGAUUCGAUUGUUCAACGCGCUACACUCAAAGGCGCCAACCCCAAAACUCACCCUCUAUUUCUCGUUGGAAGAUAACGGCUCGCUUUGGAGAGUUGCCUACUUAGACAGUCUGACCAGCAGUGCCUUGAUAAACAAGUUACUGAACACCUUGAGUCUGCCCCACGAUCGACUACAUUCUGUACUCUUUCUUGGCCCCCAGGGUAUUCACGUGUUAGUUACUGAUGAACUCGUAGCGAACAUGAAGGACGAGAGCAUGUAUUUCGUUGAAACCAUCAAAGAUAAUGCGAGCGAGCGCUACAAGUUGCUUCUAAAGUCUUCGUCGCGUUCCUAAAAGGUACAAUCAUUAACAAAUUAAUUGCAAAAUUAGUAGAUCUCCAAUAUAUGCUAAAUUUGCCAAACAUGUCUGUGAUUUGAUAAAAAAAAUUUUUUUACGUAAUAGAGCGCAAAAGCAGUCAGAAAUUAGGAACUUACCGAUGUGCUCUUUCUUUUGGUUUUAAUUAUGACAACGGAUUUUAUGAAGGGAUAUCUUAUAAUAAUUUAAUCGGUUUAUGCAGUUAAUAAAUUGAUUUUGAAUUAAUUUUCAACGACUAUUUUAUGCAAUCAGGUAGCAACUUGCUAAUAGACAAGAAUACUUUGCACUACAAUACUCACUAUCGAAGAUCGAAGGUGAUCGAUGCUUUUGACGUUAAAUAGACGUUAUUACGAAUUAUACAUAUAUACAUCAAAUUAUAUAUUUUAUAUAUAUAUAUAUAUAUAUUUUACUUUAUACAAAAAUUUCAAUUAUCUCAAAGAUAAUAUACAAUUUAGUUAAUUUUUCCUUUAUUAGAGUUUAAGUAAAUUGUUUAGUUUGGAAAUUUAUUUAGGAAAUACAUAAGCGGCGGUGAUCACCGCGACCAUUCAAUUCUGGUGCCACGAACAUGUAAAAAUUUAGAAUGCGAGUAAUGUUAUUGUUAUGAUUAUUCAUCAGCGUCGAAUGAAUUGUUAUUUCGAAUUUGUACAUUUUAUUCAGAGCAAGCGAUGUCGCUGACGAAUAUGAUCUCUACACACGAAAUGUAAUAUUUUUUUAUUAUCAUGAUGUCAAGUAGUCACGAGGCCUAAAUGAACGUAGAAAACUCCCAACGAGAAAUCAUUUUGCUAAGGCAAAAGGUGCAAAAAUAGAAAACCAGAUCAAGGUUUCUAUUCUUCGAUAUUAAAAGAAUAUCCUCAAAAAAAUAUAUAAGUGCCUUAAUUUUUUUUUUCUUUGUUUUUUGUUCAUAGCAAAGUGUUAGAAUUUAUUUCAUAGGGGUUUAACAACUAGGAAUAAUGACAACUGCUUUGCCACGAAAAAUCACGUUUCUCAUUACUUCGCAGUACAAACUAGAGAACGAUCGAUCGUUUCCUUGAACAUAGAUCACAGAUUUGUAGAACAUGGACAACAUACCAAGUAUUAUAAUUUACUACCAAAUGUUAGGUAUCGUAAGUUAGGGAUCAUGAAAUGAAUCAGUUCCAGAGUUAACGAUAAAUAAAUACGAAUUCCUGAAUGUAUGUCAAUAUUAUAUGGCUACGAACAUUUUUCUAUGUAUUAUGUAUACUCGAACGUGCCUUUAUACGUAAAUUUGAAUCAGUGGCGUAUCUCAAUGCUCAAAGCGUGUGUCGUUUUACAUCACACGAACGAAUUAUGUAACGAUCUUUUUAGAAUCAGUUAGCGAAAGAGGCGAAACUGUCUUUGUAUAUUUUACUUGAAAUAUUAUUGUAAAAUGAAAUCAAGGGUAGAAAAAUUCUAUCGUAAUACACAGAGGUGUAUUAUUACGAUUGCAUGCUGUAAUAUUUCCAUAGAAAUUUCGGCGUAUGUCAUGAAUGUCACGGCGCAAUAAAUGUUCUUUUUGUUGCCAAAAAUACAUGACCCCUCCCCCAAUAAAUGGACAUAUUUAUUCAUAAA